GUCUUUGGUUUGGCCCUCGUUAUCCUGGGAAUCCUUGACCUGGUCCAUUUUAACGGCCCACUCGGAGCCGAACUUCUGAAAAUUUCGACCGCUGUUGCGACUGCCGCCAUUGUGCAUGGCAUUUUCAUAGUUGCUGUUGCGUUUUUAGGCCUAUUUGGAGCACUUCGGGUGAAUGCAAAUCUUCUCAUUGCGGACUGCGAAAAUGCUAUCGGUGAUGUGAUUGAGGCCGAAUUGGGCACAAUUGGAGGAUGUCUAAUAGGCAUCACACUCCUCAGCGUCUUUGCCUCCGGUAUGGGUUUUGUGCUUGCUCGUAAUAUUAAAGCUUACGAAAAAGUGUAA